AUGUCAUCCAAUAUCCUUGCAGGACUAUUGCAGAAGACAGCUAGGGUAUUUCCAGCAGGUCGUCUUAUUAUAUACGGCCCCGGAGUGUUCUCCAUGCCAGUGGAUAUUAGUUACAACAGCUUAUACAUGCAAGCACAGCAGAAUGCCGACAUCCUCCGAUCUCAGCAAGGCUUUAACACAGAAUCACCCGUUCUCCUUCGACUAGACAACCAUGAAGAUUUUCUGCUUUGGUUUUGGGCUGUCGUGCUUGCUGGAUGUAUACCAGUACCAUUGCCGCCGCUCAGUAACAUCGAAGAGCAGAGGAAGAAACACAUUCAGCACUUGUUCGAGCUAUUCAGUGGUCCCAUCUGUAUUACAAGAGAUGAAUUGAGGCCCUAUUUUAUCCAUGAUAACCACAAUGUCAAAAUUUAUACUCUCGAAAGCCUUCGUGAACAAUCACCUACUGAAUCACUAUGCCACACUUGCAUGGAUCCAGAGACCAGUGGCCCCGCCUUGCUCAUGAUGACUUCGGGUAGUACCGGAAAUCCCAAAGCUGUUUGUCUAUCUUAUACUCAGAUAAUAUCAGCAGUGGCAGGGAAAGCUUCGGUACGCCAACUACCGGCCAACAAGCCGUUUUUGAACUGGAUCGGACUCGACCAUGUAGCAAGCCUGGUUGAAAUACACAUCCAGGCCCUGUUCCUUGGGGUUGAUCAGAUUCAUAUCCAAGCAAGUGAUAUUGUCGCCUCACCUCUCAGAUUUCUCGACCUCCUGAGCUUCCAUCAGGUUUGCCGCUCCUUUGCGCCCAAUUCUUUCUUGGCCAGUUUGGUGUCCACUCUCGAGGCAGAGAACAGGCAACCAAUAACAACAACGUGGGACCUAAGUCAUCUAACCGUCCUAGCCUCUGGCGGUGAAGCAAACGAUGUCAGGACAUGCGUCGCAGCGAGUGAGCUGUUUGCAGCGCAUGGUGCUCCUCGUAAUGUCAUAACUCCCGGGUUCGGAAUGACUGAAACAUGUGCUGGGGCCAUCUUUAAUUUGGACUGUCCAGCAUACGAUAUCAAAAUCGGAAGCACUUUUACAUCAGUGGGCAGAUGUAUGGAGGGAAUUGAAAUGCGCGUGCAAAGUCCCAACACAAACCCCUCCUCUUCGGACAGCGUAGGACUCCUCGAAGUCAGAGGCGAUGUGGUGUUUCAGCGGCGGAUGGUUGGUUUUCGAACAGGGGAUUUGGCCUCUACCGAUUCUAUAGGCAAUCUCUAUAUCGUUGGCAGAAUUACCGAUGUCAUGAACAUCAACGGCGUAAAGUAUAACUGUGAAGAUUUAGAAGCAUCUCUUCUACAAAAUCUUCAUUCCCAACUUCGCCGUCUCAUGGCUUUCUCGUUCAGGCCAGCAGGUUUACACACUGAGCACGUCGCAGUCGCGUACGUGCCAAAAGAACCAAUUCUGCAGGACCAGGACUUUAUAUACAUACACGAUACCAUUUUACAGGCAACCAUAUUAUCUACAGGCGCCAGACCACAGGUUUUCGCGCUGGAAAUAGCUUCUCUUUCCGCCUCUAGUCUAGGGAAAGUUUCGAGAGUACGAAUGAGAAAAUUACUCGAAAGUGGCACUUUUACUAAUAAUAUCGAGUCAUACGAACACCGUCUCAAGAUAUUAAGAAAGCAAAACAUCAUUCAGGCUAAAUGCUCGUUCGAAGUACUUCUCUUAGAAGAUGUUACCGGGUGCUUAGGGAUAGAACCGGGUAAUAUUGGACUGAAUACGCCAUUCUUCGAUCUAGGAAUGACCUCAAUGGAUCUCAUCCGAUUGAAGAAACGAAUAAGUGAACGAUUAGACGUCGAUAUUCCCAUAAUCAAAUUCAUGAAAAGUCCGACCGUGGGCGAGUUGGCCGUGGCUUUGCGAGAGUCGGACCCCUGUACUAGAAGCACAUACAACCCGGUGAUGACUCUUCGCUCCAAGGGCGCCAAUCUACCGCUUUGGCUUGUGCACCCAGGAGUCGGGGAGGUACUCGUGUUCCUCGGCCUAUCAAAAGAAAUAGACGACCGCCCAGUAUAUGCUCUCCGGGCACGCGGAUUUGAGGCCGGCGAGGAUCACUUUGCAAAUAUCUCUGAGAUCGUUGCCACUUACUUUGACGCAAUCAAAAGAGUCCAGCCCCAGGGUCCGUAUGCAAUUGCAGGGUACAGUUAUGGGGCCAUGUUGGCCUUUGAAAUCAGCAAGAAGCUAGAAAGCAACGGCGAUGAAAUCGGAUUCUUGGGUAGUUUUAACCUCCCUCCUCAUAUCAAAUCACGCAUGCGCCAACUUACUUGGAACUCUUGUCUCCUGCAUCUUAUGAAUUUUCUGGACCUGGUCACAGAGAGCGUCGUCGAAGAUUUGGACGAGACGAUUCCGCAAAUUUCACGAGGCGAAGCCAUUCCCAAACUACUGGCAAUCGCAGAUACAGGCCGUAUGACCGAGUUGGGCCUUAAUGAGCGCUCGCUGUCAAAUUGGGCUGACCUGGCAUACGGCUUGCAGAGUGUGGCAACCACAUAUGAACCUUCGGGAUCAGUCAACUCGAUUGACAUUUUCCAUUGUAUACCGUUGAAGAUGGCCGCCAAGUCAAGAGAAGACUGGCUCAAUAAUCAUCUCAGCAAAUGGGUUGACUUUUCAAGAACAGAGGCAAGAUUUCACUCAGUUGGCGGUUCUCACUACACAAUGAUUGGGGCCGAUCACAUCAUUGAAUUUGCGAAAACGUUGCGUGUUGCGUUGAGGGAAAGAGGUGUUUAA